CUACAAUGAUACCACGAUGAAACGAGGAACAAAAUGACAAUGACACUAAAACUUGGGAUUUUCGAUGAUUCUUUGAUUCUGUUGUAUAAACUGAUAGAUAUAAUUGUUUGAACGGUGGGAGAAUCACCUUCACAUGUCAUUCGGCUUUUUGCCGGUCAGAUGGUAUUCAAUUUUUCUACUAAACGGUACUCCGUUCACAUUCUUGUAAAUUUGUACAAUUUACUUUUGCAAAAUGGGUGGUAAAUGGUCGAGUAUGGAUCCUUCUGAAAUUGAAGUCCCGCAAUUGAAGGCACUUCUUGAGAGAGAUCCUUAUUUGGAGAACUAUCAAACGGAUAUUCGUAGAAGAUAUGCAAUAUUCAAGGACUACGUGGAAAAGAUUGAAGGGGGAGAUAAAAGUUUAGAUUUAUUUUCUAAAGGUUUUGAAACUUUUGGUAUCCAUAUGAAUAAGGACAAUAGUGUUACUGCAAGAGAAUGGGCUCCUGGUGCUCAAGAACUUUUCUUAACAGGAGAUUUCAACGGUUGGGACAAAACAAAAACUCCUUAUAAGAAACUCGAAUAUGGCAAAUGGGAGUUGAACUUACCACCAAAUGCAGAUGGUAGCUGUCCAUUAGCACACCUGUCAGAGGUGAAAGUAAUUGUCAAAAAUCAUAAUGGAGAAUUAUUGGAAAGAUUAAGUCCCUGGGCCACGUACGUGACCCAACCACCCAAUCGCUCAGAGGGUACAACUUUUAAACAACGAAUUUGGCAUCCACCUGCAAAUCAGGUCUACAAGCUACAGCACCCUAAACCAAAGCGGCCAGAAAGUUUACGCAUCUAUGAAUGCCAUGUAGGUAUAGCAACACAAGAAUUCCGCGUUGGUACUUAUUUAGAAUUCUCCAAAGACAUUGUACCACGAAUUGUUAAACAAGGAUACAAUGCCAUACAAUUAAUGGCAAUAAUGGAACAUGCUUAUUAUGCAAGUUUUGGAUAUCAGGUAACAUCAUUUUAUGCCGCUUCCUCACGUUACGGUACUCCGGAAGAAUUGAAAGAAUUAAUUGACGUCUGUCAUCAACACGGCCUCUACGUUCUUCUAGAUAUGGUGCACUCUCAUGCAUCGAAAAAUACUCUAGAUGGAUUAAAUAUGUUUGACGGAACCGAUUCGUGUUUCUUCCACACUGGUAGUCGUGGUGAACAUCCAUUGUGGGACAGUCGUCUUUUCAAUUAUGCAGAAUACGAAGUACUGCGAUUCCUCUUAUCUAAUUUACGUUGGUAUGUCGACGAAUAUGGCUUUGAUGGAUUCAGAUUUGAUGGUGUUACAUCCAUGUUAUAUCAUUCGAGAGGCAUGGGUCAAGGUUUUAGUGGACAUUACGAUGAAUAUUAUGGAUUAAAUGUAGAUGUCGAAGGUGUUGUGUAUCUAAUGUUAGCUAAUCAUAUGCUUCAUGAAUUAUAUCCUGAAAUGGUAACGAUUGCCGAGGACGUUAGUGGUAUGCCAGCAGUAUGCAGACCUGUUCCUGAAGGAGGUGUCGGUUUUGAUUAUCGUCUGGGUAUGGCUAUUCCUGAUAAAUGGAUAAAACUCCUGAAAGAAGUGAAGGACGAAGACUGGAAAAUCGGGGAUAUUUGCUGGACGCUCAGCAAUCGCAGAUGGAUGGAAAAAACAGUAGCCUAUUCCGAAUCGCACGAUCAGGCUCUUGUUGGUGAUAAAACGAUAGCUUUUUGGCUCAUGGAUAAAGAAAUGUACACACACAUGAGCGUGAUAAGUCCACCGAAUCCGAUUAUCAGUCGUGGCAUUGCCUUGCAUAAUCUCAUUACCCUAAUCACUCAUGGUCUUGGCGGUGAAGCCUAUCUUAACUUUAUGGGUAAUGAAUUCGGCCAUCCCGAAUGGCUUGAUUUUCCACGUGCUGGCAAUGGCGAUAGCUAUCAUUAUGCCAGACGUCAAUGGAACUUAGUGGAUGACGAGAUGCUCAAGUAUAAAUUCAUGAAUAACUGGGAUCGUGCUGUAAACCAUCUUGAAGAAAAAUAUGGAUGGUUACACGCUAAUCCCGGAUAUGUAAGCUGGAAACACGAGGAUGAUAAGGUUAUUGUCUUCGACCGCGCUGGCGUUAUAUUUGUCUUCAAUUUUCAUCCGACAAAGUCAUUCCCUGAUUAUGCAAUUGGCGUACACGAGGCUGGAUCUUAUAGUAUUGUCUUGAAUAGCGAUGACUCAGAAUUUGGUGGUGAAUCUCGAGUUGAUACUAGUAUACGUCAUUUUACAAAGGAUGAGCCAUUCUGUGAUCGUCCACACAGAAUGAUGGCAUAUCUUCCCUGUCGUACUGCUCUUAUUUUUGCUCGAGAUCCCUGAAUGAACUGUCUUAUAGAAGCUGAUGGGUCUUCACAGAGUGUUAAAAAAAUUUUUAUUAUAUACAUUUAAAACUAAAUGAAAUUGCAUUAUUUGUAUAAAGUGUUACGGCUACUGAGAUUAGUUCGAUACAUUACUGAAUAUGGUUCUGAAAGGUAUCUGACUGCUCACAACUUUUAUAGUGUUCUAUAUAAGUCGUACCUUUUUGUACCUAGUUUCUUGUACAAUGCAGAUUCUAUUUUCGAUAGAAAUAGCUUAACUAUAAUGAAUGCUGAUUUUUCAAAACCUUUAUAUUUGUAUGCAAUGAUUUUAUGUGCGUUGAAAAACUCAUGUUAUGUAAUGAAAUCGUUUAUUAAAUGAAAUAAUUCUUUUUUUAAACGUA